AUGUCUCGCCACUAUGUGGAUGAGAACAAAGUGCAAAAGCAAACAACUCAAAAGCGGCCUCCUCAGAAAUCCAGCACCUCGGCAAACAAAAGAUUGUCUCGAAUCACUUUGAAAUCAUCUGAUAAUGAAGAUAGUGUGGAUGAGAUGCUGAAUGAGAUAAUGGGUGAGAAUAUUGAUGAAGAAAGCAAUGGAAGUGAUACGGUUCAAUUCAAGAUCAGCCGUUUGGAUGAAAAUAAACGUACUGCAAAUGAGAACACCCGAGCAGAAGCAGCUGAACGUGUCAAGUUUGCUCGAGACCUUGCCUUGGGUGGAAAAACCCCUGAAGAGGUUCAAAAAUACAUUGAUGCGGUCUUUCCUCCGCCUCCACCUGUGCAAUCAACUUCCACUUCGAGCUUGACUUUUAUGUAA